AUGUUCGGGGCGCGGUGCCUGCUCCGAGCCCUGCGCUCCUGUUCUUCCGUUCCUAGCCUCAGACACAAACCUGCGGCCAAACUGAGCGUGCGGGACACUCUCCAAGUGCAGAACACGAAUGGGGAGCGCGUUAAGGUCCAGGGAUGGAUUCGUUCAGUCCGAUCCCAGAAGGAAGUCUUGUUCCUGCAUGUAAAUGAUGGAUCAUCUUUGGAAAGUCUUCAGGUUGUGGCAGACCCUAGCUUGGACAGUAGGGAACUAGCUUUUGGGAGUUCUGUGAAAAUAGAAGGACAGCUUGUAAAAAGUCCCUCCAAAAGACAAAAUGUAGAAUUGAAGGCAGAAAAAAUUGACGUCGUUGGAAAUUGCAAUGAUAAGACUUUCCCUUUUAAAUAUAAAGAGAGGCAUCCUCUGGAAUAUUUAAGACAAUAUCCUCACCUUCGGUGCAGGACUAAUGCUCUGGGUUCUAUUUUGAGGGUGCGAAGUGAAGCUACGGCUGCCAUUUAUUCUUUCUUUAAGGACAAUGGCUUUGUGCAUAUUCAUACCCCAAUAAUAACGUCCAAUGACUGUGAGGGAGCUGGAGAACUUUUUCAAGUUCAAGCUUCAAGCAAAAUGAAAACACCUGAAGAGAAUUUCUUCAAUGUUCCUGCUUUCUUAACAGUCUCAGGACAACUUCAUCUAGAAGUAAUGUCAGGAGCCUUUACUCAAGUUUUUACCUUUGGUCCAACCUUCCGUGCAGAGAAUUCUCAGAGCCGGAGACACCUGGCAGAGUUUUACAUGGUAGAAGCAGAAAUGUCUUUUGUUGAGAACCUUCAGGAUCUCAUGCAGGUCAUGGAGGGGCUCUUCAAGACUGUCACAGUGAAGGUUCUCUCAUCUUGUCCUGAAGAUGUUGAACUCUGUCACAAAUUCAUAGCUCCUGGCCAAAAGGAUAGAUUAGAACAUAUGCUGAAAAGCAACUUUUUAAUCAUGUCUUAUACUGAAGCUGUGGAAAUCUUAAAGCAGGCAUCCCAGAACUUCACCUUCACACCAGAGUGGGGUGCUGAUCUACACACUGAACAUGAAAAGUACUUGGUGAAACACUGUGGCAACAUCCCAGUCUUUGUCAUUAAUUACCCAAUGGCACUCAAGCCUUUCUACAUGAGGGAUAAUGAAGACGGCCCUCAGCGCACAGUUGCUGCUGUUGAUCUUCUGGUCCCUGGAGUAGGGGAGCUCUUUGGAGGAAGCCUCAGAGAGGAACGAUACCAUUUCUUGGAGCAGCAACUGGCGAGAUCAGGACUGACAGACACCUACCAAUGGUAUCUGGACCUUCGUCGAUUUGGAUCUGUGCCACAUGGAGGUUUUGGGAUGGGAUUUGAACGCUACCUGCAGUGCAUCUUGGGAGUUGAAAAUAUCAAAGAUGUUAUCCCUUUUCCAAGGUUUACUCAUUCAUGUGUUUUAUAA